AUGGCGGCGGGCGGGGGGCUGCGGUUCCUCCUCGUGGCGCUGCGGUUCCUCCUCGUGGCGCUGCACAUGGCGGCCGCCUCGGCUGCGCUGCCGCUGGUCGUGAACACCUGGGCGUUUGGGAAGGCCACGGAGACAGCGUGGAGAGUGUUACAGAUGGGCGGCUCCGAGCUGGACGCAGUUGAAAAAGGCUGUGCUCAGUGUGAGAUGGACCAGUGUGACGGGAGCGUGGGAUAUGGAGGAAGUCCGGAUGAAAGUGGAGAAACGACACUGGAUGCAAUGAUUAUGGAUGGCAACACUAUGGAAGUUGGGGCAGUGGCAGAUCUGAGACGUGUAAAAAAUGCCAUUGGUGUAGCAAGAAAAGUCAUUGAACACACUAAGCAUACAUUAUUAGUGGGAGAGUCAGCCUCCCUAUUUGCUGUAAGGAUGGGGUUCCCAUAUGAAGAUUUGACUACCCCAAAAUCUCUCUCGAUGUUUUCAGAGUGGCUUAACCAGAGCUGCCAGCCAAACUACUGGAAGAAUGUAGUACCAGACUCUUCAAAAUCUUGUGGACCAUACAAAAAGACUGAAAAAGUAAUUUGUAAGGAAGACUGGAUCAGCUCCCAGAGAAGAAUAAGCGUUCAUAAUCACGAUACUAUUGGUAUGAUUGUAAUUGGUGAAAGUGGAACCAUUGCUUCUGGGACAUCUACUAAUGGUGCAAUCCACAAAAUUCCAGGCCGUGUAGGAGACUCUCCAAUAGCUGGAGCAGGAGCUUACGCUGACAGUACAGCUGGAGGAGCUGCGGCCACUGGAGACGGGGACAUCAUGAUGCGCUUCUUACCCAGCUAUCAAGCUGUGGAGUAUAUGAGGAUGGGAACAGACCCAACAGUAGCCUGUCAGAAAGUUAUUUCCAGAAUCCGGAAAUAUGCACCGAAGUUCUUUGGCGCUGUUAUAUGUGCCAAUACGACUGGAAGUUAUGGUGCUGCGUGUAAUAAAACUCCAGGAUUCACCCAAUUUCACUUCAUGGUUUAUAACCCUUCACUAAGUCAGCCAUCUGAGCAAGUAGUAGAUUGUAUUUAAUUGCUUUUCUACUAGUAGCGUCUAAACUUGGAGAAGGAAGAGCUGACAUUGCUGCUCGGCUGUUAUUUUCCAAAAUGGUUCUUCACUUUUACUGUUGUAUAAACUGGGCAAAUACAAGCGUAUGUUAGAGAUGUACCUAUUACUCCAUUGUUUUUAGUGUGCUCUACUUUGUAAAUAUUUUUGUAUAGUGCCAGUAAACUUGUUAGAUGCCUAAUCUAAUUAGUUUGUAAAAUUACUUUGUCAAUUUCAAUCUAGAGUUGUAUUUAAGCAAUGAUUCUGUGCAGUUUUAGGGAAGUGAAUAUGUCUGUGCAAUUAGCAAAUGCUUGUGUUUUUACAGUUAGCGAAGGGAAUUCGUUCCUGUUUGAAAAUCAACAUCUAAGUGAAAUGACUGAAACUUGCUGCUCUUGCAUGUACUUGAGGUCACUUGAGUUGGGAAUUCAGCAGGCAUUCCAUUGCAUCCCCACUUAAGCUUGAGCAAACCUGGGAAUCAAACUGUGGUUCUAAAUAGAGCAAAAAGUUCUCUGAAUAUUUACUUCUGAGUAAUUGCAAUAAAAUCAAGUGGGGCAUUUUUCAUGUGCAUGAAAAGACUAAGUAUCUAAUAGCCCUUCUGAUCUGUUUUCAUAAGAGCUAAAUAGUCAAAAGUGAUGACACAGUAAUCACUGAACUGGGCCUUUAACUUUGCUUUUCAAAAUCAUUGGCAGAAAAAAUGCAGUGAACAGGAUGGGAAGAAGGGAGAUUGAUUUUGAGAAUUGUCAAUUAUCAUUCAGGUUUCUUUUCCUUUUAAAGAAAAUGGCAUGGAAAUUUUGGCAAGCAAGAAAAGGGGAUUGAAGAGUAGUGCCGGUGAAGAUUAAUGAACCUUAAUUAAGAGAUAGGGAGCAUCUGCUUGCUGGACAAGUCUAACCUCUGGGCUCUUCUAACUUUUUCUGCAGUAUAUGAGAAGGAUUUUUGAGUAGAGAGGACAUCCAGACAUCCUUGUUAGUGCAAGCCCUUGAGGAGCAUUGAAGUCUUUUUGUUGUUUCUUUUAAGUGAAUGUGAAGACAGAUGGAAAUCUUUCCAUCACUUUUUUCCGUAGUGGAAGUUAGUUAUGUAUCUUAAUCACAGUAAUCACUUCAUCACUGCUUUGCUGUGUGCUUGCCCUUUCUGCACCAUGCUAACCCUGAAAAAGAACAAUUGCCUGUGUAUAGUAUAGCAGUUACCUAAAGCUAACACAGGUAUUUUUGUCACUUUUUUUCUGCAGGCAUAUCGGAGUUGACUUGCACUAAAAUGAGUGUCUUGAGAAUUGUUCUAUAUAUUUGAUACAUGAAGAUAUGUUUGAUUUUUCUGUGACCUUCAUUGCUGAGCAUUUGACUGAAUUAUUACUAAACUUGAAAUUGUUGGUGGAACUUAUAACAAGAGGAGGGAAUAAGGAGAAUUUAUCUUGUAAUGGAUGCAAACUAUUUGAAUGAAAUCACUGACUAAUAGAAUGACACUUUAAUGACUUUAAUCACUGACUAAUAGAAUGACACUUUGUAACUAUGGUUGUUUGAGCCUGCACCCUGUGCCUUACGAUGAUCAUUGCCUAGUGUUCCAAGCUGAUAUGUUUAAGAGCUGGAAGAAGACUCUUAAACUAGAGUAGCCCUUUUUAGCGGCCAGUAGUUAGACUUGGUCUAACUUGGUUGUUUAUUUGAAGGAUUUACUGCUUUCCUGGAUUUUAGACCAUUUCACAGGACAGAUUUCAGUGCAGGGUUUUUAAAUUUACAAUGGAUUGGUUGCUGACUACACGCACUUUUUCUGUAGCUUCUUACCAAACUGCUGCUUCAUUUGAUAUAGACAGAAAGAGAAUUUCUCAGCUUUGUGGUCUGACUGAUAAAGCCAGCUGUUUAUUGAAAACUUUCCUGCAGCUUCCCUGUUUGGAGUCUAUCACGGAAAUGGUUCCCUUUGUCUGUAGUUUCCUCAGCAGAGUAGCUCAGACUUUUAGAGAAUUUGAGCUUGGUCUUUCAGAUAGAUAUAUAAAUAUAAAUCUCGGACAUAUAAAUAUAAAUCUUGGACAAUCUAGAAUUAUCUUAAGGGGUAAAACCAACAGUGGUACCGAUUGACUUUUAACUUAUCAUUCUUCUAUGAACAGUUGCUGUUUGGGUUUAGUUGUUAUGUGACUUUUGUCAAUCAGUAACAACUUUGUUUAUUCUUGUUUUGAAACAACGUAUAGGAUUUCUUAGCUAAUAAUGGUAAUGUGUGCUGGGGAAAAACAAUAGCAAGGUAUUUAAAUACACAGCAGCUCCAGUCUAGAAGUGGAACAUGACACACAAAGUACACCAGGCAGUCUCUUCAUUCCUCCAUGUAAGUUCCAUUAAACUUACAGCAGACAAACAUUAAUGCCCAUGGAGCAGAUACAACAACCUUAGCAUUUCUGACACUGCUCUUGCUUUUAUUGUGAGCUGCAGAGUUGGACAGAGAAUGAUUUUAGGUAUUUGUGCAUUUAAUAGUAUUUGCUGGAUUUUCCUUGUCUCUUUUCCCUGGACAGUUAGAGUCAGUGCAGGUAAAUGCAGCACCUGCUGCUUUAGUGCCCUGCUGGUGUGCUCAGCUGCUCUGCUUAUAGUGGCAGGUGGCAUCCCGUGAAAUCAGAGCAACAGCAACCUAAAAGACAGCCAGUUGUUAGGGAAUUUCCGUCCCUGGAAUAGGGGGAAAUCUCUUGAAAGAGAAGUCUUUGAUUAUACAUUGCCCAAGCAGAGUUUUACAGCAACGUUGCUGUUGUAAGCUUUUGGAUUGUUUUUAUAACUUAGAAAUGAUAAUGAAUUUUGUCCGUUCUAGUGUAGUUGUAAAGUUCCGGGGAGUUUUGUUUGUUUCUUUUUUUGUUUGUUUGGUUUUUUAAAUUUUAUUAUUUUCUUAGCACUUGUCACCUAAAAAUCCAAGGGAUAAGAAAUUCAGUGUAGCAAGAUAUCAGUAACAGUAUUAUAGUUAAAUAUUCUGAUGUACAGAUGGCAAGAACCUGAAGUUCUUUUCCAAGACGGAUGAACUUUAUGCAAAGACUGUCAUAGAAUCUAACUCUGCUAAUACAGGAGAAGGGCAUUUGUGAAGCACGUGAAUGAGAAUCUGAUCUUUUGUCUGUAUUUGUAAAUUGUAUUUAGUUUUUGUAAAAUGUCAAACUAAUUGAGCAGGAAAAAUACA